AUCCUGCUGUGUUGGGCCUGCCCUGUAACCUUUCUCUCCCAGGUGCCGAGCUGGGUAAGUGGAAAACUCACUUUCUAACUGCUCUCUCAGACUCGGCUUGAGAUGUGCAUAGAGAAACCUUUGGUGCAGGUGGCAGCUCGUGUCCACCGUCCUGCUGCGCCUCAGCAGGGGCUGCCCUGUGCCAGCCCGGCCCAGGCAGCUCAGCCCCUCUCAUAGUGUUGCCUGCUCAGAGGUGGGAGGAGGACAGGCUGUGCCUUGCGAGGCUGGCGUGUCCCCCCCGGGGUGGUGCAGCAGGCCUCAGCUCCUUUAUCCCUGCAGAGCACUGUUUUUGUUCGGUGGUGCUCAUUAAGAGCUGUCUAGGAACCCCAGCCAAGCAGUCUUUUGUGUGAGGUCCAGCUGAUCCUGGUCCCAGAGAGCUCAUCCUGCCUGCCACAGGCAGCUCGGUCCCUGGUUCUGUGUUCCGUGGCAGGAAGCCUCCCUGUCUCUGAGGGUUACGUCCUGCAGCAGAGCAGGAUCCUUCUGGGUGGGCUCAGCUGAUGUGGGGUGUCAUGUGAGGGGCUCUGCAAAGGAGUGAAACUUGUGGACUGAUCAAUUCAGGUGGAGGCAGCAACCGUCACAGGCUCUUCCCAGCAGUGUCCCUGCCGUUCUCUUCUUGUCUGUUCUGCUGUUCACCUUCCACUUCUGUUAGACCCAGACACGUUCUCUGCUCUGUAUGUGGAGCUCUCAGUGUUGUCCGGUCUGUUCUGGCUGUAUGUCCAGGGAUGGGACUGGGGGCUGGAUUCAGGUCCCAGGUGUGCUGGCCGGUUGGUUGCUCCCAGGUGUGGGGAUAUUUAGCUGAAGAACUGAAGGCAGGAAUUCUCUCUUCUCUGGCAUAAGCCUCUUAUCUGCCUCAUCCCAGGCUGUCCCUAUUCCCUAUUGGGCCUCUGCUUCUCUCCUGGAAGCUAGUCCUUCCAGGAUCAGCUUUGUUAGGGGAGGGUGCAGGCAGCAAGGUCACAUCUUCCCCAAGGCAGUCGCAGUCCUCUCUGGUUUGGACGGAUCGUUGUACUGAGAGUUGCUUCUGAAACCUCUGAAUUCAUCUUUGCCUGAGUGUUGGGGCUGGGGGACGCUGUCGGGGGGCUGUUGGAAUGGGAUGUGGGGGACAGCCCGGGCCUUUGCUUGUGCAGGACUUGCCAGCACCCACCUUCUGCUGCCUUUCCCCAGCGGCUGCAUGGGGCUGAAGGAGCCUCUCCCCGAGGCUCUGCCGCGCUCUCUUGGCGUCACCAGGACCCGAAGGCCAGUGCCGAUGCUCUCGGAGCCCCGCUAGGAGUGAGGGCAGCUGCCCCCUUGCUCUGCCCUCCACUAGCCCUGUUGUGACCGUCUCUGCUCUUGCACUGGUUCGGGUGGGGCUGUUUGUAGGUUCUUUUUUUUUUUUUUGGUUCUUUUUUCUUUUUUUCCUUUUGGUUUUCUUUUUUUUUUUUCUUUUUGGCUACAACGAAAAGCAAACUGUUUUUUUCUUUUCUGAGCUAGUGUGUUGUAUCUUGACAUGUUCCCUUGCAAUAUCCCUAUCGUUAUAUAUUCCUCUGUGCCGUAUGAAUUGGCUGGGAAUCUCCUCCUGCAACCCCUCCUCAAACAACCAUGUGAAUUUCCAAACCAACCAAUGCGUGACGCUGGCUGCUGCGCUGGGUUGAAAAUGUGAUUGGUGAAUGAUGAAUUCCCUGUCUGCCUGGGCCAGCAGCGGAGUCGACAGAGCAGCAGAAGGGCCAAGAGUGUGGAGGACGACGACGAGGGGCAUCUGAUCUAUCGCGUCGGCGACUGGCUACAAGAAAGAUGUACAGCCAAAUCGUAACAUAAUUUAGCUCUCUAGUUAAGCUCCCAUCGCAGUCGCAGAUCUGUCUUAUCUUUCUGUUUCAUUUUAUUUCCAUUGUUUAUUAAAGAGAAACCCUCUCCUUUUUCCUUCCCCUUUUGUUAAAGCUACGUUUAUAUUUUGUAUUGUUACUGAAGUGCCAGGGAAUUAGGGCUGUUGCCUUGUGCAGCCGGUGUCAGCCUUCCGCUGCUCCGGCCUCUCAAGCUGUGUGCAGGUUAGGUGUUGCAAUGCAUUCUCCUCUGCCUUGUGUAUGCACUGCAUCCAGGUCGUGCUCACUCUCUCAUCUGCUUUCCUCUCCUUCUCUCCCUCCCAGAUGAGAUUAUUAGCACCUUAGGGGAAGGCACGUUCGGCAGGGUGGUGCAGUGCAUCGAUCACCGCAGGGCUGGUGCCCGUGUUGCUCUCAAAAUCAUUAAAAACGUAGAGAAGUACAAAGAAGCUGCUCGGCUGGAGAUCAACGUGCUGGAGAAGAUCAACGAGAAGGAUCCCGAGAACACCAAGUGAGUGGGCUCCUGGCGUUACCAAUGGAAGGGGAAGCCUUGCCUUAGCGCAGUUGCAGGGAUGGAAUGCGAGAGUCUUUGCGUCAGGAUGUUUGACUGGUUUGACUACCACGGCCACAUGUGCAUCUCCUUCGAGCUCCUGGGGCUCAGCACCUUCGAUUUCCUGAAGGACAACAACUACCUGCCUUACCCCAUCCACCAAGUGCGGCACAUGGCCUACCAGGUGUGCCAGGCUGUGAAAUUUCUGCACGACAAUAAACUCACCCACACCGACCUCAAGCCAGAGAACAUCCUCUUUGUGAAUUCUGACUAUGAGCUCUCCUAUAACCUGGAAAAGAAGCGGGAUGAGCGGAGCGUGAAGAGCACAGCCAUCAGAGUGGUGGACUUCGGCAGUGCCACGUUUGACCACGAGCAUCACAGCACCAUUGUGUCUACCAGGCACUACCGAGCUCCAGAAGUCAUCCUGGAGCUUGGCUGGAGCCAGCCCUGUGAUGUGUGGAGCAUUGGCUGCAUCAUCUUUGAGUAUUAUGUGGGUUUCACCCUGUUUCAGACACAUGACAACCGGGAGCACCUGGCCAUGAUGGAGAGGAUCCUGGGGCCAAUUCCAUCUCGGAUGAUCCGGAAGACGAGGAAACAGAAGUAUUUCUACCAUGGCCGCCUGGACUGGGAUGAGAACACCUCUGCUGGCCGCUACGUGAGGGAGAACUGCAAACCACUACGGCGAUACCUGACCUCGGAGGCCGAGGACCAUCACCGCCUUUUUGACCUCAUCGAGAGCAUGCUGGAGUACGAGCCCUCCAAGCGCCUCACCCUGGCCGAAGCCCUCAAACACCCCUUCUUUGACAUGUUGGAGAUGGAGCCCAGCACAAAACUGUGGGACUCGAGCAGGGACAUCAGCCGGUGACGGCCCAGGCACCAGCCUGCGCUCACAUUCUAGCCCCCGUGGAGGCCUGUGUCAUUUCUAUUCAGACUUUUGGUGCUUUUGGUUUGUUUUUUUUUUAUACAUGAGUAAAACUCCCCUGGACAAGUUUGUAAAGCUGUUAAUAUGUGAGAUACUGUAAAUAGCCCGUAUUCUAUAGCGGCCUCUGAGCACCACGGGCCCAACCUCCUACUGUUGCUGCUGCCGUUAUCAUGAGGUGAGGGGGCCUGUAUGUCCAUAUGUAAAUACCUCUGUUAACGUGUUGCUCUGUCUCCUCCUGCCCUCCUUGGUGUACAUACUCCAGGACUCACAGCUCGCUGUAGCUUAUCUGUUUCCCUGUAAGUUAUGAAACUGGUGGGACUGCAUGGGAAUUAUUUUUUGGAUCAAUGUCAUAGCCCAUCCCCACACCAGAGUUUUAUAAGGAUUUUGUACAGUCUUUGUGGAGAAAUAAAUAUGAAGUGAAUAAA